AUGAGAAAUAAGUUACCUUUGGGUGUCUUAAUGUCAACUGCUGAACGGAUGCUACGAGACUGGUCAAUUUCUGUUCUGGAGCAUCCAUUUCAAACACAUAUCACUCUUGAUGAUAAAAUUGAUUCAAAAGCUUAUGAAUGGUUACAAAAAGUUGAUAAAUCACAAAUACUACAGUUGAAUGCAUUUACAUUUGUUGUACCGCCAACAAAUGCAAAAAUGAAUACAAAUACAUGGGUGAGCCUCCUUUAUUCUAUGGAUUGGCAAACAUAUGACCAAUUUAAAGAUUGGCUUAACUCGGCUCGAAUUUUAGAUUACUCAUAA